AUGGAAUAUGAAUAUGGAAAAGAUGGUGCGGCCGUCUACGCACCGUUGAUGCAAAAUGAGGGCGACUCGUCGCGCGACAUAUUGCCUACAGCGGAAAAUGGCUCCUACGGACAUUCCGAUAACCGACAUUCAGAGGGAACCUAUUCCCCGCGUCCUGGCCAAUACAAUGGCUCGUUGCAUAUUGGCGGAGAUCCUGCCUCGACAUCUUGUUUCCGGACAGAAAUUCCAUAUGCAGUUGGCGGCCCAGGUAUCGCAGCGGGCUUCGAACCGUCUUCAACGAAGAAAUUAUCCGAUUUCCGACUUGUUCUUGUCUUCACGCCGGUGACAAUUGGACUGACGAUCGCCUUUGUGCUGGUUGCCUGUGUGAUUGGAUCCCAGAGUCUUGGAAGCACGCCUGUCACCACCAGCCCGGUUGUUGACACUGGCAAUGGCGUCGGUCGAUUACCCUUUAUGGGAUACAACACAUGGAAUGCAUACUACUGCAACAUCAAUGAAACCCUCAUUCAGGAGACAGCCGGUUAUAUGAAAUUGCUGGGUCUUCUGGGCGUUGGGUACAAUUACAUGAACAUCGACGACUGUUACUCGGAGAAAAAGCGGAGUCCUUCAGGCGACAUUGUUGCCAGUAAAGAGAAGUUCCCUUCCGGGAUGAGGGCUCUCACCGAUCGCCUUCACACUAUGGGCUUCAAAACCGGGAUCUAUAGCGAUUCAGGCUGGUUCACAUGUCAACUCUAUCCCGGGUCAUACAUGAACGAGGACAGAGACGUCAAGCUGUUCAGAGAAGACUGGGGGUUUGAUCUGCUCAAGUAUGACAAUUGCGCCGUCCCGUACGACGAGGUCGUCAAGGAAGGCAUGGUCGGAAAAUUCACCCGGAUGUCGAAUGCGAUUAAGAGGCAGAGCGAGCGGUCUGGGAAGCCGCCCAUAUUGUUCUCGCUCUGCCAGUGGGGUCGGCAACAACCGUGGUUAUGGGCUAAGCAGCUUGGCCAAACUUGGAGGACGACGGACGACAUUGGCGCGAACUGGCAUUCCCUUACGAACAUCAUAAACAAAAACUCGUUCAUUGCCUCCGUAUCUGACUUCUACGGGCAUAACGACAUGGAUAUCCUCGAAGUUGGCAAUGGCGACCUCACGUACGAGGAAGCGAAAUCCCACUUUACUGCCUGGGCACUGAUGAAAUCCCCCUUGUUGAUCAGCACCGAUUUGUCCAAGAUCACAGAACAGACGCUCAGCAUUCUCAAGAACAAAGAAAUCAUCGCCAUAAAUCAAGAUCCCGUCGUCGGGACUUCGAUCACACCUUUCCGAUGGGGCGUCAACCCGGACUGGACAUCGAAUCGCACGCACCCUGCCGUGUUCUGGAGCGGCCAAAGCCAAAACGGCACCGUUUUUAUGCUCCUCAACGUGCUUGACACGCCUGCGGACUUGUCCUUCACGUUGGUCGAGUCACCGUGGAUGCGUGCGGGGAGACAGUACUCCGUCAGGGACCUAUGGACCCAUACCGAUAACGGCACGGCCGUCCGCAACUUCACGGCGCGUGCAGUGCCUGCGCAUGGCGUCGUGGCUCUGCUGAUGAAGGAUGCCGGGGACGAGCCUGAGGGAACGAUGCCUCCAUGCGCGAUCGAAGAGUGGUGCAUGGGGGAAGAUGGAACCAAGGUCGACCCACAUAUAAACUGA